AUGAAGACGUCGUUACGGAUAUUGUACAUAUUAUUUUUUAUUUCUCAAGUAAAUGCGACUAAAAAUGUUGUCGUAUCUUUGCAAGCUCAAUGGAAUCAUACGUCGUUUGUAGCCGAAGCUAGGUAAGAAUUUUGUAUUUCAAUUUAUGUAUUUUUUAGUGAAUAUUUGGCGUCUGAAGAUAAAAAUUUGUUCUGGAGGUAUCUUGAUCAGCUAGCGGAUGCCAAAUCGUUACCAAGCGACAGUAAGUCCGAUAUACGGGUUAUAAAGGUCUUUUAGGAAGUCACGAAGCCGAGUAUGAGGUGGCUUACAAGAAUGUCGUGGCUAUCGUUGGUGAAGCACGGUCCGACCUCAUUAAACUGGCACUGGCAUUGAGAAUAUAUUCUCCUAGGGUUUCUGUGUUCAGGCAGAUGGGUCAGGAUGAACAUGCUGAUUGUGAUACUUUUGUUGUUGUAAAUAAUCACAAGCUCUGUGAUUUGUCUGGAUUGGACAAUGCUUUGACAUCUGGUGACAAGUAAGUUAUGAUACAUGGAAAUAUUUUGUUAAUAUUUAGUUUAACAAAUAUUCCUGAAGCUUUGAAUUCUUAUUAAAUUUUAUUUUUUAUAGUUCAUGGUUUCUUUCGUACACUUUUGAUCACAUCUACGAACCAAAAGACGAAAACAAGCCGUUUGCUGUUUUAUAUUGUGAUCUGGGAACUGAAAAGUGUUCUACCUUCCACAAGAAGCUGGUGUCUUUGGCAAAGGUCAACAAGAUCCAAUAUGUUUUCCGUCAUUACUCAAAAGUAAGUUGCUAUUUGUGUUUAUCUUAUUGACACGGUUAGGAAACUGAGGUGUCAGGAGUUGGAUUAUCUGGAUAUGGAGCAGAGUUGGCUAUCAAGAACACUGAAUACAAAGCUGUAGAUGAUUCUCAACAUAACAAUGCUGAUUUCGAUGAAGAAAAGGACAGAGACAUCCAUGGCCUAGACUUCAACGUGCUCAGAAAGAAUCAUCCUGACAGUGUUGCUUCAUUGAAACAGUUGAAACGUCAUUUGUCUGAUCUCGAAGAACUGACCCCGUUGAAGCAAUGGGAGGUGUCUGAUCUGUCUUACCAAGCGGCUUACAAAAUAAUAUCAGCUGAACCAGAAAGAGCGUUGAAUGAGUUGACGGAUGUGUCACAGAACUUUCCCAUUAGAGCCAGAAGUUUGGUCAAUGUUAAGGUCCCUCAAGACUUUAGACAGGAAGUACGUAUGAACCAGAAAGUGAUGAAAGAGGACAGCGGAAUAUCUGAAGGAGAAAAUGCAUUCUACGUCAAUGGAAUCAGCGUGGAUGUAGAACAACUUGAUGUUUUUCAGUUGUACGAAACUGUUUUGGCCGAGGAGAAGUUGGCGUCUGUGUUUUACAACAUGGGCUUUAGAGUAGGUUUUCCUUAUUUUUGAAUGUAUUUUUUAGUGCAUACAUUGUAAUCUUACAAUUUUAUACUCUGUCCUUAAAAUUACAUUAAAGUUAUGGUUUUUAGCGUGAGUACCUGUCGUUGCUGUACCAACAAAAGUUCAUCGAAGAGAAAGCCAACUUUGCCAUCGAUUACAGAGAAGCUUAUCCAGAAUACUUGAAUAACUUGGACAAGGAUAAACAGUACAAGGACUGGGGUAACAGUGUGAAAGCACUUCUACAGCCUACUUACAUGGGAAUGUUAAGGCCGAUUGCAAGGAAUUUCUUUACAUUAAUAUUUGUGGUGGAUCCAGCUAGUCCGGAAGCGAAGAAUCUGUUGUCUGUGGGACAUUCACUGUACAUCCACAGAGUUCCUAUCAGAAUUGGUUAUGUGUUUGUAGUCAACGAUGACAAAACAGUGUCUGGGUUGACUGAUACUGGAGUCGCUCUUCUGAACUUGUACAACUUUGCAAAAUCCGAUAGGAAGUCUGUUCCAAAAGCGAUUGAUUUGUUGGUAAAAGUAAGUUUCGACUUUAAAAAUUACUGUAUUGAUAAAUUAGAAUUGAUAGUAUAUUUUUUGUAUGUUUUAUUAAUUUUACCAUAAAGUUGUUCUAAAACAAUAUGUUUUAGUGCUUGGAGAUAAUCUCUUCGAAUCCAUCAGCAGAAGCCGUUCACAAUUUCUUUAAAAAGAAGUUCCACGGUGAAGACAUCAAUGACGUCUUCCAAGCUGACAGUGACUACGAUACUGGUCGUACUGCUGGAGCUGCUUUCCUUCGCCGAAGUUUGUUGGAGAAGGCGCCUAAAGUAAUGUUGAACGGAAUCAUCCUUGACGAUGCUUCGGUCACACCAGAUCGGAUUGAGGAAGCGAUUCUGAUGCAGAUCAUGAGACAGACUAACUAUUUGCAACGAUCUGUUAUGAUGGGAAAACUGACAGACCGAGACAACGUUCAGAACUGGGUCAUGAGCCAACCUGAAGUGUUACCUCGGCUUAACCGACGUUUCCUGGAAACACCAGAUGUUGUUGUUGUUCAUGAAAACGUUUAUCGUAAGUUUUUAUUAAUUCAUUAGCAUAUUUUUUAAGUUAUGUAACGUUUGUUAACUCUAUUUAUACCUAAAUUUAACUUCAGCAUGCGCAGCUAAAACAGAAGCAGAAAUUGCAAAAAUUGGACAAUCUGAACUAAAUCAAUGUGUUUUGGAGCGUGUAAAACACUUUACAAGAGAAGGUAAGCACAAUUUUGGAAUGUUAGCAAUUUCCAAUUAUUUAUUUUCACCUUAACUUAUUUAGGAGGAGAUAAGACUCGGUGGCUGACAUUGUGGUUGGUGGUCGACUUUGAUUCAAAGUCUGACAGAUGGGUAGCUCUGAAUGCUUUGAAAGCUCUGAAGAGAUCCAAAACGAUUAGACUAGCCUUUAUUCAGUCUGGAAGUGCAAAGUCUCAGGUCAACAAGUUUGUGCACGGUCUGAUUGAGAUUUUGCCUUCUGAAGCUGCUAAAGAAGUCUUGACUAAGAAGUUGAACGAUGAAGCAUGGUUGAUCAAGGCUUCUAAGAAUGUUCAGAAGUUGGAAGAAUUGAAGGUUAAGGUAAGUUCACUUAACUUUAGCUAUUUGCUAAAUCAUACUAUUUUUCUUGAUUAUGGUAUCUGACGCUUGAUUUUCUAGGACUUGGACGUGUCUUCUUUCAAAAAAGAAUUCGCCGCGCUGAGCAACUUUAAAUUGAAACUUGAAAAUGAGUUUGCCAAGAGAGUUGUUGGGGAAAAGAAGGCUGCUGUCAUUGUGAAUGGUGAAGUAAGUUAUAAUUGUUAAAAAAAAUUAGUUUUGGUACAAAUUGUUACCUAAAAUUUGAUUUUUAGGUAUACGGUCCACUGAAAGCUAGUGAAACUCUUGAAGUUGAGGAUAUCUUUCUUUUGGAACACUUGGCCAAACAGCGAGGAGCUGUUGAACUAGCUGAUGCUAUUGACAAACUAGAUGUACCUGCUGCUAACGACAAGUCCAGUGAUGUUCUGCUCAGAGCAUGGUCAGCUUUUGCAAAGUACGCAGUGAAGAAAGAACGUCGUCAGCUGAGUCUGGCUUCUGACUCCGAGAGUGUAUUGUACUUGUUGGCUGGCGACCAGAAGCGAGGAAUCCUUGACUUGACAUUGGUUGUGGAUUCUCUGAGUAAAGGAGCUCAACGACUGUCAGCUGUGGUAGCCAGUCUUACCCGAGUGCUGAAUUGUGACAUCAAGAUAGUCAUGAAUCCGAAGGCCAAACUCAGCGAACUACCGUUGAAGCGCUUCUUCAGAUUUUCCCUGAACGAAGAGUUGCUGUUUGACACUAAUGGAAAGAUUGUCAGUCCAGCUCUCACCUUCUCUGAACUGCCUAACAAACAGCUUCUCACCUUGAAUAUUAUUCCUCCAGAUGCCUGGAUGGUGCAACCAGUGUUUGCCAAAUACGAUCUGGACAACAUCAAGAUGGAAUCUGUAGCCCAAGAAGAUGUAGUAGCUGUCUAUGAGUUGGUACACAUUCUGUUGGAAGGACACUGCUUUGACGUUGAGAGUGGUUCUCCGCCUCGAGGAUUGCAAUUUAUUUUAGGAACGCAAACUGAGCCAGCUGUCUUUGAUACAAUUGUGAUGGCUAAUUUAGUAAGUCUUAUAGUAUUUAGAAAAUAUGCACAGGAAAACAAAAAUCCGUGACAAUGUUUGUGUAUUAUUGUGAUAUGGUGUCUGAAGUAAUUAAAAAUGAUUUUAGGGUUACUUCCAAUUGAAGGCGUCUCCAGGAGCUUGGAUUCUGCAACUACGUGAAGGUAAAUCACGAGGAAUCUACAGUAUCCACAACCACACCAACACUGAAAGUGAACAAGGCGUUCAGCAGAUCCGGGUUGUCAUUGACAGUUUUCUCGGUCGAGUCAUCCGAGUUCGGGUCGGAAAGUUGCCAGGAAAGGAAAAUGAAGGACUUCUUUCGGAUUCUGGAGCCAAAGAUGAGGUCCCAAUGUUUGCAGAGGAAGAAGAAGAGUCGAUUUGGUCUUCAAUUCAGAACAAACUGGUCGGUGGAGACAAACACGAACAGAUCAACAUCUUCUCCUUGGCUUCUGGCCAUUUGUACGAGCGAUUUAUGAGGAUUAUGAUUGUCUCCGUGGUCAAGAACACUAAACAUCCGGUCAAGUUUUGGUUGCUAAACAACUACUUGUCACCUCAGUUUAGGGUAUGUUCAAAGUGUUUUUUAAUAAGUUUUCAAAUUUGAAUACGUUUUCAAGUUUACUAAAGACCUUGUAAGGCAUUUUAAAUUUUUUCAAAACAAAAUUUUAUAGGAAUCGCUACCUAAAAUGGCCAAAUAUUACGGGUUUGACUUCGAACUGGUAGAAUACAAGUGGCCGAGAUGGCUACACCAACAGUCGGAGAAGCAACGUAUCAUGUGGGGCUACAAGAUUCUGUUCCUUGACGUGCUGUUCCCCUUGAACAUCAAGAAGAUCAUCUUUGUAGAUGCCGAUCAAGUGGUUCGAACUGACAUGAUGGAGUUGAUGAACUUUGAUCUGGGCGGAGCUCCUUAUGGCUACACUCCGUUCUGUGACAGUCGUUCCUCAAUGGAAGGCUUUAGAUUCUGGAAGAAGGGCUACUGGUCGAAUCAUCUGGCUGGAAGAAGGUAUCACAUUAGUGCUUUGUACGUGGUCGACUUGGCCAAGUUCAGACAGAUCGCGGCUGGAGACCGUCUCAGAGGUCAAUAUCAAGGUCUGAGUGCUGAUCCUAACAGUUUGUCUAACUUGGAUCAGGACUUGCCGAACAAUAUGAUACAUCAAGUCAGAAUCAAGAGUUUGCCUCAAGAAUGGUUGUGGUGCGAGACAUGGUGCUCUGACGAGACUAAGAAACAGGCCAAGACUAUCGAUUUGGUAAGUUUGAAAUAUUUUAGUAGUCAAUUAUAAAUGCCCUAAUUGGUUAGAGAUGUUGAAACUACUAAUAGAUUUUAUCAAAGUAAUCAAAAACGGUUUUAGUGUAACAAUCCAGAAACCAAAGAGCCAAAGCUGGAUUCAGCGAUGAGAAUCAUACCAGAAUGGACUGAGUACGAUACCGAGAUCAAGAAGGUGCUCAGCGGAGAACUGACGCCAAAAGUGCAGCAAGAGGAGGAUAGUCAUGCCGAGCUGUGA